AGCGCCUCCCACAGUGCGCUUCCUUUGGAAAGUCAUUGUGCUUCAGUGUUCAGAUCUGACUGCUUCAGACAGCAUGACUGGAGGACUGAAGGACGGAGAAAGCGAGGAGUACAUUCACUCUCCGUUCAUCAGAAAGCAAGGGAACAUUUACAAACCCAACAACAAAAGCAUGGAUAACGACAGCAUCAACGAGAAGACCAUGCAGGACGUCCACACCAAGGAGAUAGACCUGGUCAACCGGGAUCCAAAGCACUUAAAUGAUCACGUAGUAAAGGUGGACUUUGAGGAUGUGAUUGCCGAGCCUGCAGGCACCUACAGCUUUGAUGGUGUAUGGAAAGCAAGCUACACCACCUUUACGGUCACCAAGUACUGGUUCUACCGGCUCCUGACGGCACUGGUUGGCAUCCCACUGGCUCUGAUCUGGGGCAUCUUCUUCGCCAUUCUCUCCUUCCUGCACAUCUGGGCCGUGGUGCCGUGCCUGAAGAGCUACCUGAUUGAGAUCCACUGCGUGAGCCAGGUCUACUCCAUUUGUGUGCACACGUUCUGUGACCCAUUAUUCGAGGCUGUUGGAAAAUGCUUCAGCAGUGUGCGCAUCACCACCACCAAGGUGGUGUAGGAGCAGAGAAAGUGAAGGAGGAAACGGGCGAGGGUAGGGCGGGGGCAGGACGGAAGCUCAGAUGGAGGGAAAUAAAGAGUGACCUUCAUAUGGAAGAGGUUCAAAAGAGGAGAGUAGAUCAUUUUGGGGAGGUUGGGGGGCCUUAACUGUGUUUCUAUGGUGCCUUACAGUUAGUGGUCACCCCUCUCUGUCCAGUGUCUUGUUCUUCCUCCAGCUUGAUUCUGUCCACCGGGGCAAAGGAUGUUUUAUAUGUAUAGGAAUAAUCCUGUUAUAUGUUGGGUUUUUGUAAUGUGUUAGCCUUUGUCACUAAGAAAGCACCAUAUCAGCCUAUCUACUAAAGUAAGGCUGUGAAUCUGUUUUUUUGUCCCUCUUCAUUCUUGCAUUCAUGCUUGCAAUCAUUUAUUCAAUCAUUACUAGAGUUUAAAUCUUUUGUUUAUGUGGAGUAUCAUCGUUUGUGUCCCCAACUUCUAGAUAAAAGUCUUUUUUAUGUUCUUUGUGAUAAACUUGAUAAAGUGGGCAUGUUCCUGCUGAUUUCAAGACUGCCCAUGACACUGCAUGCUACCAUUGUUAUACCACGGUCCAAACACGAGGCUAAAAAAAGGGCUGACCUCAGUGAAUCAGCCGAAAACUUUGUCAACUCAGCAUAAGCGAACAAAAGAGACUGUACCUGGCAUUGGGUCACACACAACUCUUUAACCAGUCAACGUGAAACAGCUUUUUUGUAUUUUUUGAGUGACAGAGCGAGAGAGUGAUAGAACACAGCAGAACUACCUGAAAACUGCCGCUUGGACCCCUGCUUUACUAGGCUUGAUCACACUUACAGUAAAGACCAACUGAGGCCUUUUCUAGCAUCAGUAAAGACUGAGCCUUAGCAUAAAUGCACCACAGCACUAAAGCCUUAGCGAGACACCAGCUUUUCUCUGAGAUCGUGAUGAAGUACAUUUGGAAUCCAUCCUUUUUAUUCAUGUGUGUUUGUUUGUUUUUGUGUAUGUUUGUGCCGAAGGCUGAAUUAAGUGCCUGGAAAGAAAAAAAACAACAUUUGGUUCCUUUAUUUGUUCACUGUCGGACUCACACACUGGCAAAGACUGGCAAACUAAAUGAAGUCUCAGGCCCCAGAGACUGCUGCAGAAAGGGGGCACUUUUAUUUGAUACUGUCAUCAAGCUCACUUCAACUUUCUGUCUACCUGCUGUCUGAGAGGAUGGUAAAGUGAUAUGUGCCUAAAUGUGCCUCGGCACUAAGGAGGCUGUACUUGUACUUUUUUUUACAUGAAAGUUAGAAUUCUUCUUCUCUGCUUUUACUGUACACAUCACGCCAUGCACAUUAAACUAUGAAAAGAAA